UUUUCUUUCUUCCUCUUGCGCGUCUCGAAACAAAAACAAGCGGAGACAGCUCGGUCACAUGUAGCAGACAGCAGAGGAAGAAGAAGAAGAAGGAAACGGCAGUCAGUCUCAACACUGUCGGCGUCCAGGAAGCGGUGACCGCCCCCCUCCUCCUCUUCCUCCUCCUCCUCCUCCUCCUCCUCCUCGUGUCCCUUCUUCUUCUUCCUCCUCCCGCCAGGCUCUCCGCGUCCAGUAGCCGAUCCGUGCGCUCCACAUAUGGUUCUCCUCCGGCACAUCUCCAUCGCCCUGACCGCCGCCGUGGCUGCCCUGGGCUCCGCUCUCUUCAUCGCCUUGAACUUCUUCUACAAGAGGCGGAUAUGGUCACCACAGGCGGAAUACUGCACGAUCAAAGAGGAGGAAGAGGAGCGUGGGAAGCGCCAGGUCCUCGUCCUCGGUCUGGACGGGGCUGGGAAGAGCAGCAUGUUGCAGGGAUUGACCCCCGGGGAGUCAACGGCUAAGAGAGGCCGCUGCCGGCCCACCCGCGGCUUCAACUUCAUGAGCCUCAACGCCCCCGCCUGUCAGCUCGACUUCCUGGAGAUUGGUGGAGGUGAAGACCUGCGGCGUUACUGGUUGGAUUACCUUCGAAAGACUCACGUUCUGGUGUAUGUGGUGGACUCGUCCGACAGGAACCGCUUGCCAUUGGCUAAGGCUGAACUGCACCGCCUGCUGAGUGUGGACCGCCAACUGCCCGUGGUCGUCCUGGGAAACAAACAGGAUAAGCCAAACGCUGUGAGCGUGUCGGAGCUGCAUGAAGCUUUGUCUCUGGGCUCCGUGACUGACGACAGGAAGCUGUUCCUCUUGGCUGCCCAGCUAGGCUCUGAUGGAGCCCUGAGGAACUCCUGCCGGGGUCUGGACACCAUCCAGGACCUCCUGCUCCAGCUCAUCUGAUCUCACCUCCCCCCACAGAGUAGGAGAUGGAGGGGGGACAACAAAGGGAUGGCUUAAAGCAAUCUUCCUCCUCCUCUUCCUCCUCCUUGUUUAAGCUCAGUCUUAUUUGAGGCAGAGGAGGAGGAGAUGACGAAGACUGCAGGAACUGAGGCAGAGAAAUUACUGAAUCAGAAGAGACGAUGUGGCGCAAAGCCUCGCAGUACCUCCUCAUCUUCCUUUUCAGCCUUUACAAACCACGUCAGUUCAGUUCAUUUUUGGAAAAGCAGCGUUCAUCUAAUGUUACACUCUUCACAUCUUACUCAUCGGAGAAGAGGAGGUGCAGAGUGAGGAGGAUAAGGACAGAAGGUGGGACAUAAGGAUGAAGGUUUGUUCAUGGAGUCUGUGACUCAGAACAACAGUGUUCACCUCCUGUCAAUGAUUCAGACUUUGGACCAAGCUUACAGUAAUGUCAACCUGUGACAGGUUAAUUUAAGCAUAUAGAUUACACUGUAUAAAUGUCAUGUUUGUAGAUUCAUAUAUAGAUUUCAUCUGGUUUGCUGGUCUUGUGAUCUUGUGCUUGAUCAGAGAAAUCAGCAGAGCAGAACAGGCAGUAGUCAAGCUACCCAGGUUGGAGCCCCCGAGGAUUGAAGCUGCACCAGCUCUGUGAAUUCAUUGACUGGGUGUUUGAAGGAUACUCGCUGGCUCUUACUCUGAGGCUUUUCUGAGAUCCCGGGGAAUUUUGUGAGGGAAUUUAAAGGGAACUCCUGGCAGUUUGAAAAGCAGCGUGUUAUUAUUCUUGUCACAAAUCAGGUGUUGAGAGAAAUCUUUCCACGUUUUGAUGACUAUCAAAAGCUUCCUCAUUUAGAACUAAUAUAACUAAUCUUGAUUACGUCCUGACAACACUACAGUCGACCACCACAUUUAAUUAAAUAUUUGCCAGUAUCCCAGUUUCCCAAAUAUAGCACAUUAAACCUCGAAUUUCAGAUGACACCACUUGUUUUCCCUCAGAUACGUUCUGAUGUAGGUACCAUUCAAAUAACAAUGACCAAUGACACACUUGAAAUUACGUCAUCUUGUUGCACCCUCUUCUUCUGGUUUACCGACUGGGGAAUAGGUGCUACCUACUGCCUAUCUCUCGUGAACUAACUCAUAAUAUUUGCACAACAAUAGUGAAUGGGGACAAGCAUUCAUUCCCAUUCCCUUUUGCUGAAUAACUCAAAAUUCUGAAACUCAGCGAUUGACACUUUAGAACUACAGUAUGUACAGACACAGUUGGCAACUGCCCAUUGUUCCGGUGCAUUAUUCCGAAAACCCUGUAGUCUGAAAACCCAAUUGUCCUAUAACUUAUUAUCCCAAAAACAAAAGCUCCAAAGAUUCUUCUGAAAACUCUCCCUUGAGUUUCGAACAUGCAGAAAAGGACAGUCAGGUGAGGGUAUGGUGACAUUUGUCAUCAUGGUAACUAUACUAAACUCGUGGUUGACUUUAAGUUACGUACAUAAGUUUGUCAUACAAGAGUGUGCAUUUUCAAGCAAUGGUCGUUUGUUUUCAGAAUAAUGUACUGUUGCAACAAUACAAGAUAAAAUAAAGAUAUUAAGUAUUGGGGGUUUCGGAAUAACGGACUGUUGGAACAAUGACACGGCACCGCAGCCAUACGAGGUCAGAAUGAUGUCAUGAUCAUGUUUUCUCUAGUUAGAUCACUGUUUAGAAAAUGUUUAGACAAGGACUAGUGUCCAGUUAAACACAUCGUUGAAUGUAUAAAUGUGAAGUAUUUGAUCCUACUUGCACAGACAAACUGGAAUUAGCUAGAUUCUGAUUUUUAAUGUGUGUCUGUGUGCAGCGAUGUUUGCUUAUGAUGCACAAUUUUUUAAUGAAUGUGAAAGUUUUAUUCCUUUUGAUGUACAGUAAUCCUGCGUUUAGUGGAUGUUUUUAUAACCAAUGACUGCUUAUCAUUCUUGUCUUUGUGUCAUGUGAGUGGAACUGUUAGAUUUGAAUUCAUGCAUGUCUUUAUGUUUUAUUUUCCUCUUUAAGGAUGACAUUAGCAUGUCAGCCGCAGUGUCCAUUAGGUUAUUUAGUCCUAAGGUUAGGUUGUUUAGAUUUUACACACCAAAGUCUGUUGCUGCAUACCUGUAGGAAGUCUCAUAAAUAUUCUCAAGUGAUUGAUUCAGCAUCAAUUACAGCUAAAGACAAUGAAAUAAAUGUAUUCGUAUGGAAGCCUCUCUGCUUGAGGCUAGCUCGAGGCUACAUUAGCCGCUACUACAAGUAGUAUAACGCACACUGAAGACUGCAUUGUGGGUAAUGUAGGCCCCAGAUUUUGACAACAGAAUGCAUGGAAUAAAAAUGAUGUCUCUGGA